AUGGGGCCCCCGGGCAAUAGGGGAUCAUGGGGCCCCUAUGUCCUUGCCCACACUCAAAGCACACCCCAAAAAGCCUAUAAAAGGUACCAGGGGCAUCUCGGGGGCCCCCUACUGACACCGGGCCCUCGGGCAGUGCCAGAGUUUCCAAAUGGUCAGUCCGCCCCUGUCACUAACCAAAAAGGAUUAUACUAAUAAAGUAGGCAUGUUUUAUUUUCCAUUUUCCAUGCCAGAACAUGAGACUUUACUGCUGUAAAUUAUAAUACAAU